ACUCGCCAAAUUGUACAUGGACAAGAUUCAAUGACAACAUCUACCGCCGCUGCAUCACAGCCAACGCUGUCCUUUCCUGAUGCUUCCUCUCUCGAUCUCCUAAUCCCAGAAUCAUCAGACUUUGAUUCUGAAGCACAUCUGAAGACUAGUGAACAACUUGUAUCUAGAGACACCCUGCUGUUCGAGGAAUUGCUGCCUGUAUAUCUUAUUCUCCGCAGUUCAUUACCAUCCUUUCAAAACUUACUAGACAAUGUCGAACUAUACAUAACCGCAUAUGCCACCCAGCCUUCACCACCUCCUCGUCAACAACCGGGCGGUGCUCCGGCUCCUCCACAACAGCCUGUCAAGUUGGCUUUGGACUCAGUCACUAUUACGCCAGAAAACAAACCAACCUUAAUCCAUCUCCCUGAUAAUGGAGGAGAAUCAUAUGCUGUUUGGAGGACAACCGUCUAUCUUCGCUACCCGCCCCAGAAACUUCAUCGACCAUCCAUCCAUCUUACAGCAUCCGCUGUUUCGAAACCUGCUGGAACACCAACGCUGUCCAAAACUACAUCCCAAGAUGAAUACAUGACUAGUGCAUUGCCAACUUCCGAAAACCUCCUCCAGUCUUUGCAGCACAGCUCACAAAGUGCUUCGAGUCAACCAUAUCUUCCAUCUUCUCGCAUUCAUAAGGUAGCACCUCGUGCGACCCCUGAAGCACAGGAUGCUCGUCCACUGAGAACUUCGUCAAGGCUGUUCGCUGUUUCCCCAGCUUUGGCGGUCAAGGUUCAUAUCACCCCCGAGCAAGUCUCGGACAUACUGCUCUGCCUAGAUCUGGAGUCAGCACGUCAUACCGGAUAUGGCGGAAUCCAAGUGGAUGAGAUCAAGGCAGAAGGAACCAGUCUCGACGUGGAACCAUUUUCUGCCGACCUCGCCGCUUUAGGUCUACCAACGACCUUACAAACAGGAGAUAGGAGCACUUUUCUGUAUAAACUGGCACGAGAUAAAGACGCAGCUCAAACUCCAACACACCAUCCAUCAAGGCCGAGCAGUGUCACAUUCCAGAUCCGGGCUGUCGCUCGCGUCAGCGACACAUGUAGCGCUCAGAUCCAGGCUCGCUGGCACGGGAAUGUGAACUUUCCAUCACUCCAACCGACUAAACCCAUGCUACCACGACCACAAAGCGUAGCAUCGACUCUCCCACCUCAGGAUCUCAAUCUGCGGCCAUUGAGUAAGCGAAUCAGCACAACAACGACUCGACCCCUGAGCGGUAUGACGCAGGUCGACUCUGCAGGCGUUACGUUUGCAUUUACAGCUCCAGAGAAAGUGAUUGAGGGCGAGACAUUCCAUCUCGAUGUGUUCGUGGUGAAUCGUAGCAGUAGGAAANAGAGGCUUGCGAUUGUGGCCAUCCCGAAAUCUGCCAAAUCGACUCAACCGCACCACGCACUACGUUUUUCCAACAUCUCGCGACAAGACAGCCAUCAUAUUGCCGAAGCGGUGCUAGAUGAUCGCACAAUAUACUAUAUGCAGGACCAACGCGAGGCUCAGGUGGCAGAAGUUGUGUGUCUGAAUGCAGAUCUUUCUAGUCCUUUGCCUCCUGGAGCUUGUCAUAAUGUACAGUUGGAGUUUUUGACGCUUUCAACAGGCUUGGUGGGCCUUGCUGCAGUACAUGUUGUGGACCUUGAGACCAGGGAGACGACGCAGAUCACUGAACUGCCAGAUAUCAUGGUUUCGAAAUAG